AUGGCAACAACCGCUGCACAUGCAUCCUGGGACGUCAGCGACCGGACAGUCUCGGUCCUGUCCACCUCUUCCCAGACGCACGUCGACUUGAACACUGCACUGUCACAGUCACCGCCGACAAAGAUGACCGCUUGGUCUGCCAAACACGCAGAUGGCUCGGAGCCGUCCGCUCCACCAGGGCUCGACCAAGACAUGAUCCCUGCCCCUGCCAUUCCGAUCGCUCAGCACAUACCCGAUACCACACAGGUCGGCCGCCAAAAAAUUACCGCUUCACCACGAGCCGACCGUCCUCCACCACCGGCAUGCAUGCAGAACUGCAUCUCCAGCAUCGAAUCAUGCACUCAGGACAUCGUGCGCUUCAACGAGCGCGUAGAACAGAACAGAGUACAGGCACAAGCACAGAGACAGGAGAAUGGUGACCCUGUGGUAGCGAGAAAGGCCAUGAUUCCGAUGGUGUUCAUCAUCCUCUCCUGGGUGUUUGUUGCUUUCGUGUGGCGCGUCUGCAGUCGAUUGAUACAGCAGAAUCCGGCCGGCGCUAUUCUGGGCACUCGGUCAGAAGGAAUCGGUCUUCUGGUCGGAUUCGUUAUUCUCUGGAUGAUGAGCAUCUGGUCGUAUGUGGUGGUCAUCUCCAAGGGUCCUGGUUUGGUCAAGGACUAUGUGGCCGAAUCAGAUCCUCCUCCCGCUGCUGCCCAGGGAGGAUGGAACGGCGCACCAGCUCCGGCCCAGCCGUAUGCACAGGGCUCAUCUGAGCCCAUUGCGAUUCCUGGAGCUGCCAAUGGCGACGCUGCUGCGCAUGCACCCGCUACAUCACUGCCGUACCCGUCCUUCAACGCCGACCUCGAGCGGUUCGGAGGCCACCGCGCCUCUGCCGACAGCAUGCGUGUGCUGCCUGGGUCAGUGGAGCCGAAUCUCGAUCACAGUGUUGAUGUGUCGCACGCUCCUAACAUGUCGUCCAGCGGUCCAGUGGAUCAUCUAGCCACAGAGCCACCGCCGCCGACCGACGAUAUCGAAACCACCGACCCAGCGGCUGACCCUGCGCUACCAGGCAUACUCGGCCCACUCGCCGCAGCAGCCAUGGGAGAAGGCCACGGUGUGCGCGAAGGUGCCGAAGCCAUCGACCAAGCCAACGCAGCUCCUGUAUCCGGCCCUUCCCCUGGCGAUCCAACAUCGUCCGGCUGGGCACCACCGCAACGUCGCCCUCAAAACGACCCACCGCCGCUCUCCCCCGCCGCGCUCUACUGCCAUCGCUGUCGCCGCAUCAAGCCACCUCGAGCGCACCACUGCCGUCGAUGCGGCGUAUGCGUCCUCAAAAUGGAUCACCACUGUCCCUGGGUCGGCGGAUGCGUCGGUGCGCACAACCAGCGCUUCUUCUUCACCUUUGUCCUCUGGGUCACGCUGCUCGAGCUCUACACUCUGAUCUCCACCGCCAUCUACUUUCACCGCGGCAUACGGUCUCUCUCGAACAGCGGCGCGUGGCGGGUGGACGGAUAUCUGAUUUCGUUGUUCCCGAUUUGCGCCGUGUUCCUCAUCUUCACAGGCGCACUGCUGGGCACGCACAUCUGGUUGAUGGCGCACAACCUCACGACGAUCGAGCAUGUCGGUGUGAACCGCAUGCAGGGAAGGGAGAGGGUGUUGGUGGAUCGCUGGUUUGCUACCCAGGCAAGCGGAAGUGGCGGUAAGGUGGGCGGGCUGAAUCUGAAGCAGAAACGAAAGAUGGUGAGAGGGUGGGAUCGGGAGUGGGGCAGAUUGACCGGCGAGGGGAAUCGAUGGUGGCUCGGCAGCACGCGGGAGGCGCAGUGGGAGAGCGAGGAGAGUGAGAAGCAGGAUGCUGGGAAGCAGGGAGGUAAGGGACACGGGGCGUUUAGGACGAACAUGGGACAGGCGCUGGGCGAGUCGGUGUGGUUGUGGGUGCUGCCACUAGGAAAGCAUCCCAAUGACGGAUUGAGCUUCCCGAUGAACCCGAGGUUCGGAGAGCAGGGCGUAUGGAGGAAGAGGGACGAAUGGCCCGCUGAGCUGCGCUAA